AUGGCGGACAACACUUCAACCGCAAACUCGCCUGCUGGUACACCUCCCACUACAUCAACAGCAACAGUGGCAAUCCCUGGCACAGCAGGAACAACAGCUAUUGCUACUCCAGGCAACAACAAUAACACCAUCAACCCUGCAUCUGUUGCUGUCCCCAAGAAACCUACAGCGACUCUUGGACGCCCUCCUGGUUCCACUAACGAGCCUCGCAACAAGCGCAAGAAAUAUGUCUUUGCUAAAGAACUGAAGCAACUCAUGUUCGGAUUCGGCGAUGUUCCCAAUCCUGCCAACGAUGCUGUUGGUGUCCUUGAGGACAUGUUAAUCGAGUACCUCACCGACACUUGCACACAAGCAGCAGCGGUGGCAGACAAGCGUGGAAAGGUCAAUGUGGAAGAUUUCAAGUUUGUUCUCAGGAAGGAUGCCAAGAAACGUGCUCGUGUUGACGAACUACUCUACAUGAACGAGGACAUCCGUCGCGCCAAACGAAUUGCCGAUAUUCCUGAGCUCGACAGCAGCAAAGGCGGCGCCAAGGACGCACCCAUCUAA